AAAGGUGUUCAAUGGGAUUGAGCUCUAUAGCAGACCACUCAAGAUCUUCUUUUGGGUCUCCCAAUUCAAUUGAAGGAAAAAAUUGAUAACUUUGUGGCAACAAUUUGGGGUUGAAUCACAUAUGACUGGAAAGGUCAAGUGUCUAGUAUAGUACAGUUGAUUAUUUUUACAGCCAAAUAAAAACCUAUUUCGCUUGUUCAAAUGCGAACAAACACACGUGAAGUAACUCAAAGACAGAUAAAAACCACUACCAGGAAAGAAUCCAAUUUCUACUCUAACAGUUCAUCAUCAUCAUCAAUCUGUUUAUACGUAUUAGAUUUAUUCUUUAAAAUGACUUCAACUGAUAUAUAACUUCAACAAUAACUCCAUUUAAGAUCGUAAAAAAUAUGAAAGGAAUGUAAAUAAAAAAAUGCUCAGUGGAGCCCCCCAAAAAAAAAAAAAAAAAAAAAGAAGGCUCCGCCCAUCCUCCGCCCAUCCGCCGCAGAGGCCCCGCCUAUAAUCAUCUACAACACGCGGGUGAGUAUGUACACAGUGAAAAGUCACGGCACCUGCCAGAGACAAGAACACACUGAUAGAGAGAGAUAGAGGAAGGAAAGAAGAAAGAAAGAAAGAAAGAAAGAAAGAAAGAAAGAAAGAAAGAAAGAAAGACAAACAGAGUAUCCAGUCCAGACGCGAAGAGUCCUGAAGUUAACCUACUCGAUAAUCCGUUUCAUUUGGUGUGGAAAGCUGAAAACCUACAAUCUGCUGUAAAAAGGAGUUUUGACAUGCACUUACAGAAAUCGCCAAAGGAGAAGCCGUGUUACACGCUGCCUACAGUGAAGAAGCUCCUGGAGCAGAAGAGAAAGCGAGAGACGUCUUCAGCUCCUCCGACCUGUUCCUCUGUGAUUAAUAACACUGCUGCUGGUGCUGCUGCUGCUGCUCCUGUUGCUCCUGUGCCAAACCCAGUUUCAACAUCAGAUCUCUCUGCCGGUGCAAACAGCAGCUUCUCAGACAUGGCAGCCAUGAGAUACGACUUUCAUCAUCGGUGGGACACAGCCAUUCAGCCCCAAUCCCCUGGUUUUCAGGAUUGCAUCCCUUUCUCCUCAGUAUGCCUGAAUUACCACCAGGACUCCACAGGUGCUCUGAGCUUCCAAUCUCCUUCGAGUUUUAGCUCCCCCUUACCCGCAAUGGAGCCUCAGCUUUCCAGUUAUAACGCUCUCGGACUGCAGGACCCCAAUCAGAGCGUGCAGAUCGGACAGCACUUCCAGCCCAGUACAGAGUGUUCCGUGACCUCGGGCAUGUCUAUUGCCAGCGAUGACCUUAGUGCCCAGGGUAUGAGCGUUCCAAGCUCUAGUUACGUGUGGCCCCCUGGUACCAGACUUCAGGAAUCUGUGGGGCCCUGCGGUCUGUCAGUUAGACCCCAGAUGAACAUGGACAUGGCUUUGCUGGAUAAGGCACGGCUCUCACUGCAGACCAUGGACUACACCAGAACCACAUGGAAGGACGAUGAUGGAGACACAAUUCUGCACAUAUACACUGCUAAGGGUGAGAGGGAAUACGCCUUCGCUGCAGCGGAAAAACUGCAGGAGCUCGGCAAAUUGGACACGAAGGAGCACAGGGGAAAGACUGCAUUGCUGGUAGCAGUGACGGCCAAUCAGCCAGAGAUUGUGCAGGACCUGCUCACGCUGGGGGCUGAUAUCAGCAUCUGUGACAUCAAGGGCCAAACUGCACUGCACCUGGCAGCCACAUAUGGCUUUCCUCAGGUCAUGAAGGUUAUCCUCUCUAUGGAACAUGGAGUGGACCUGGAGGCUCGCAAUUUUGAAGGUCUAACGCCAUUGCACUGUGCAGUGAUCUCUCACAAUGCCACAAUGAAGGCUCUUGCUUCCAGCUCCUCAUCCCCUGCCUGGCUACAUGAUGGCAAUCUGCAAUCUCAAGCCGAAAAUAAACUUGCUUGCCUGCAUCUGCUACUGGACGCAGGCGCUUCCCUGCUCAGCCAGGAAAUCAAAAGCAAUAAGACCGCCCUCCACCUGGCUGUGAAAGAGGGAAAUAUCCAGCUGGUUCAUUUUUUCCUGAGAGAACAGAUGCCUGACAUGCAGGCCUUUAUCAACAUGAAGGCUCACGGACACACAGCCUUGCACAUGGCAGCAGGUUUACAUGGAAGCCCAUAUCAGGAGGAACUGAUCAGACUGCUGCUUAGCAAAGGAGCCGAUCCGAGCAUCCGCAACCUGGAGAACGACCAGCCUGUACAUCUGCUCCAAAAUGGAGAACAAGGAGAAAAGCUUAAACUCAUCUUAAAGAAGAGAAAUGCCUCUAGACGGCGUAUCACAUCCUUACAGGACCAAGAGUGACCAGGACUGCUUUCCAGUCCCAACAUGUCUCCCUUUACUUCUUAUAGGGAAUCUUACAUUCACUCAAGGGAAAACAAGGCAGAAACGUGAUUCGAAUUUAAUCUGAUCAUAAACAAAAACAUAUAACAAAUCACAACAGAAAAUGCAGUAGCUGAAAAACCCGCCCUCUUUUGCCUUCUUUUCCUUGACUGAAUUCAGAUCUUGAUUUUAUAAUUGUAUGACUAGUAUCCUCUUGAGGGGAUUUUACUUCUAUUCGUCUCGGUCGAGUAUUUAAAUGCAUUUUAUUGCAGAAGAUAAUACUCAUGAGAAUGUGAUUUCUAUGAAAUCGUUUUUUUAUUCGACACAAAUUUCCUACUGUCAUUUAUUUUAUUUUUUUAUGAACCAUAUUGGUUUGGAGUUACAUUACACUGCAUCAGUGUUAUGGUAUAUUACAAUUUAUUUAUUUUAUUUUCUCAAUUAUGUCACGUUCGCAUGUUUGACUCAGGGAUAAAUUAUAUGCAAGCUCGGUUUAACCUUUGUGGUUGGUACCGUGAUCGCUGAGAGGUUACGCAGAGCUCAUCGUUUAAAGAGCAAAUGUGAGUGUGUUAUGAUGAGUCAUUACAUAGGAGGUAAAAAUGUCACGCUUUUUUUUUUAUGUUGACCUCAGAUUGGUAGUCACCUCUCCAGUUGACAGACAGGCAAUGAUAUCAUUUUAUAUUGACAACAUAGCAAGAGUAGAAUUAGAACAAUAUCACUAUAUGUAUUGAACUUGGUAUAGACAUCAGUAAAAACCAAAAAAGAGAGUCUUAUUAUAAAAUGGCCAAAGUGUGGGAAUGGUUAAGGGUAUUAUUUCAUGUGAAUCACUGGGUGUCUGGGACUUCAGUAAUUCCUUGUAAUUCAAAUAAGGGGGAAUAACACGAUACUGUCACUUCCUUUGAAAACCGAGUGAAAUGAUUGUUAGUUUAUCAGAACUGGUUGAGCGUUUCAUGUAAGGGGCAGCCAAACACCGAGUACUUGUUCUGUAUUUUUCUUUAAUAAAAUGAUAGUUUAAUAAACGACAUCAACACUGCAAAAAAA